CCUCUCUCUAAUAAAGAGGGCUGCCUCACUCUGCUCUGCCUACCAAAGUCUUUUUGGCUACUAUUCUCACUACACCAUCUUUUCUUACUAUCUUUUAGUAUCUUACUCUCUUGGUAAUUUUUACUAUCCCAAAUAUCAUUCACAACACAGCUCAUUUUCUUAGUUUAUCCAUUCCCUGGAGCAGCCUUUUUGAUGACUUUCAACAUGACGACAGUUCCAUCACUGGCACUCUCAGACUGGGAGCUCUUGCACUGUAAUGUCACAGAGGCUUGGGAUUGGGUCUAUUCCAUACAGCCGGCCUACAUGUCUAUCAUCUGUGUGCUGGGAGCAUUUGGUAAUGCCUUUGUCCUUGCUGUGUUCUGCAUUCAGAAAGGCCACUGCUCUGUGGCUGACAUCUAUCUGGGAAACCUUGCUGCUGCUGAUCUCCUCAUGAUGUGCUGCCUUCCCUUCUGGGUCAUCACUAUAAUUCACAAGUUCAACUGGUACUUUGGACAGCCCAUGUGCCAAGUGGUCAGCCUCAUAAUUGGUAUGAACUACUACUGCAGCGUGCUGUUCCUCAUGCUGGUUAGUUUGGACAGGUACCUAGUUCUGACAAGGCCCAUGUCUGUGGGGAGACGGAAAGGCACCAGCCAUGCCAAGGCUAUCUGUGUGGCUAUUUGGCUCACAGGCUUUUUGCUCAGCCUUCCAGCCUUGUUGUUUCGCUCUGUGGAGUUUUUCCCUGACCUUGAGGCAGAGGCAUGCUACAUGGAUUACCCUCAUGUUGGGUGGAGACUGCGUUACAACAUGACGGUCAAUGUGGUGGGUUUCCUAGUUCCUGUACCCCUUGUUUCUUACUGCAGCUACCAUAUUAUUGCAAUUCUGAGUGACAAACAGGUGAGCAGGUGUUCAGCUGUGAAAACAGAAAGGAAGGCUGCAGUUUUGGUGCUUGUUGUUCUGUCCGUUUUCAUUCUCUGCUGGCUGCCCUUUCAGAUUUUCAUGUUUCUGGACACACUAUAUCAUUUUAAUGUUAUAUCUGGUUGUCUGUGGAUACACAGUCUGGACAUAGGUACGCAGCUCUCUACUUACCUUGGAUAUAGCAACAGCUCACUCAACCCUUUUCUCUAUGUGAUAGUAGGAAAACACUUCAGGCAAAGGGCUAAAGGAGUAAUUGUUCAGAUUCUGAACUUGGGGGGCUGGGGAGUCUAUCCAGCUCACAUAAUCAACUCCAGUCUAAGAUAUACAGAGUGCACAAGAGUGUAACCUGAGCUGAAUCUAUAGUGACCCCUGCUGUUAUGUGAAUGUUAGAUAGUUGACAGACUAACUGAGCUUUUCUUUGUUUACUGUUCAUAUACCACUCUUGAUUAUGUAUUGUACACAGACAUACUUUGUUUGAUUUAGGUCUGUUCUGUGCUCUUCAUCCAAAAUGCAAUUUUGCAAAAUUUUGCUUUUUAAAUUUGGCACUCUUGUGGUGCCAAUAUGGCUGUUUAUGCUUAUGCGAUUUUUAGAUUUUAGAUUUCUC